AUGAACUCCCUGAACAUCAUAACCUCGCGCGUCUCUCCGCCGCCGAGUCCGGUAGCUUCGCGAUCCAACUCCCUGGGCUCCCUUGGCCUGACGGUCCAAUCCGACGAAGACCGCCAGAACGACGGCGACAGCGCGGAAAACCAGGGCGACGACAACAAAGAAGAAACCUUCCCGCUUGAGAAGUCUGCGUUCGAGAAGCACAAUGACGGACACGGCAUGGAUCUCGCCAGCGAGGCUACGCCACUCAUAGGAGAAUCGAGAGAUUCAGGGUCAAGGUCGACUUCAUGGCACAGCCUGCCGCGGCGCGUGGCUGUCAGCUUCAUCAAUUCCCUGCGCUGGGUUCUGUCUACGCUUAUUUCCCCCGGAGUGUACCUUAUCGCCUGCCUCUACGACGACUCGGGCGCAUUCGCGCCGUUCAGUCAGCUGAAGAAGCUAUUCGGCUUCGGCGGAAGCAGCAAGAAAUUCGCGGAUUUCCCUGAAGCGAGCGCCAUGGACGAGAAAUCUGGAAGGCAAGGGAGCGCUGGAUACGGAGGCGUUGCGUACUCCAGACCAGUCGGGUCGUCAGGGUCAUCAUCAUCAGGUUUAUCUUCGGAAUCAGAGUCCGACCCGGAUCGCAGACGACGAGGUUCCACCAGUCGGCACUCGCGGUCCAAGUCGUCAGCAGAGGAAAUUGCACCGGCAAGAAGGUCUAUUCGCAUCAAGUUGCAUAACGACGAUCUGCCUCAGCGCAAGCAUAGAAAGACGCAGUCUGCUGCCGCUCGUCCUAAGGGGAGUGAAUCCGGCGGCUCCGACAUAUCCGCGCAGCUCAAGUCUCCGACAUCUCCAGCUGGCGCAUUGACUCGAUAUCCGAAGACGCCGGCCCCUCCUCGACCCUUGAUUCCUCGCCGCCAGCCCUCGUACUUGAACCUCGAACCGACCGACCCCAAAUACCAAAAGACUCUUAUCUUGGAUCUCGACGAAACUCUGAUCCACAGCAUGUCCAAGGGCGGUCGUAUGAGCACUGGGCACAUGGUGGAAGUCAGACUCAACCAGACCUACGUUGGUGCCGGAGGCCAGACCUCGAUCGGGCCGCAGCAUCCAAUUCUGUACUGGGUGAACAAACGUCCCCAUUGCGAUGAUUUUCUUAGAAGGAUUUGCAAAUGGUACAAUCUCGUGGUCUUUACAGCAUCGGUUCAGGAAUACGCGGAUCCAGUCAUCGAUUGGUUAGAGGCAGAACGAAAGUUCUUCUCUGCCCGCUACUACAGACAGCAUUGCACUUUUAGACAAGGUGCUUUCAUCAAGGAUCUCAGUUCGGUCGAGCCUGAUCUCAGCAAAGUCAUGAUAUUGGACAACAGUCCAUUGAGUUAUAUGUUUCAUCAAGACAACGCAAUUCCGAUCCAAGGCUGGAUCAAUGACCCGACGGAUAACGACCUGCUUCACCUAGUGCCUCUGCUCGAAGACCUUCCCCCCGUUAAGCCCUCGGCCAUUGCCCUCGGCACCAUCUUCAACCACACCGCUGAGCUCGCCGUCUUGACCCCCGUCUUCGGCCAGACCUACCAGCGCGCCAAGGCCGCCAACAGCAAGGAGGAGUUCCUCCGCUCCAGGGAGGCCAACUCGGCCGCCGUCGCCUGGGGAACCUCCCUCGUCGGCUCCGCCCUCCAGUCCUACGGUGUCGGCGCCCUCAUCAACGCCACCGGCACUCUGUCCUACAAGGGCGCCGCCUACCUCGGCAGUCUGAUCUUCUUCGCUACGUCUGCUCCCGGUUACAUCUCCCAGGUCUUCGCCGAGAAGCGUCCCCUCGACACCGUCGGCGUCAGCGUCCUGGCCAAGAUCGUCGAGACCGUCGGUCUGUCCGUCUUCCUCACCUGGUGGGGUACCCGCACCAACCCCUUCGACUAA